GUUUUAUUCAGAGGCGUCUUACGAGUCUAACAAGUCACUGAAUUUGCGCAUUCAAUUUCAUGUUAAAAGCAAAGCCACAAAUUGAACACAGACCACAUGGAAAUGCGACAGCUGCUGCUUGGUUUGCUAUGGAUAAUGCUGCAGGUAGCUAAAGCUGAAAAUGAAACGACAACUGAACAGACUAGAAAGUUGGAUUUUCGCAUUGAUCGCGUGCGCAUACAUGGCGAGAAUCAUUUUAUGCGCGUUGCUGUCAAGAUCAAUGAGAAUCGCAAGACCUUCGAUAUAUAUGUAAUGCUGAAUAGGGAGCUGGGCAGCAAUUAUCUAUUGAUGAAUACGCGUGUGCAUUUUAAGCUAAAGGGAGCGCAGAAGUUUGAAACUAUAGUGGAGUUGAAGCAUAUGGACUUUUGCGCAUUUAUAGCGCAAUACAAUUCCAACUCAUUGAUGCGGCAUUAUUUUCAAAAAACUUUUAUAUUUGGUGAUAUUAUAGCGUGUCCAGUGCGUGCGCGUAAUUAUACGCUAAGUAAUGUAGGCAUGGGUGAUAAUAUGCUGCCGGACUAUUUGCUAUCCGGCACGUAUAAGUUUUUUACGGAGAUCAUUGAAGGCACGGGCGAGAUACCCAAAGUAUUCUCCUUGCAGGUGAUCUCGACUGUAACUGCUUGACAAAUAAAAUUGCGGCCAAUGCACAUGUGUGUGUGUGUGUGUGGAGGAUUAGUAAUUACAACAAGGACACUCAGCAUGCUGAGUAGACACACCCCUCGGAGCAAGCCAGACGGUAGCGCUGUAAGCGGAUUGCGGCAGCAGCGUUACCUUUAUUAUUAUUUCCGCUGCCCCCUUGCUGUUUUUUUUUUUCUCUUCCGCAUUUCCAUUGUGCGUCAUUCCCCUGACACAGCAGCUACAUAUUGAAAAUCGUUUAAAGCGCCAUAUAGUGCCACCGUCCGAUUAUUGUGAUUAUCUCUUUGUGGACUAUCGCGUGUGUGUGUUUUUUCCAUUUCCCGCGAGACCUUCUGCGGUUACAAAUUAGAAGCCAUAUGUGCGCUUUA